CACAAUUCAAUUUUCCGAAACUCAACAUAACCUAAUAGCAUACGAUCUUAAAACUUACGAGGAUGGAACAAUUUUAAUACAUUUGGAUCUCAACAAUGAAAAUUGCACUCAACCAAUUUUAUAUUUCCGACUGUAUUUUACAAAUGGAACUUUAAUUAAUUUAGAUAUUGAUGUUACCAAUGAAAUUCCUGGUUUUAAUUUCUGUAAAAUUUAUUCAGAAGGUGUCUAUCAAUAUUAUUUAGAUGUUUAUCCAUUAGUUGAACAAUAUAUUUUUGUCGCAUAUUUAAACUCUAGCGAGGUUCCAAACGCAAGUGUAUAUGGUUUACUCAUAGAUUGGAAAGGAAGUAUCUGGAGUAAUAAUUAUUUAAAUGUUGCAACUGUGAGUCGGGAUGGACUCGUUCAACCACCAGGACCAAUUUAUUAUUCUAAAUAUUUAAAGAAAAAUGGAUUUUUAUACGUUGGCUAUAAAAGCAAUACGAAUGAUAUUAUUUGGAAUAACGGUAUAAUAGAAGAUGUCAACAACAACAGCAAUGACAAUAGCAUUGAAGAAAUAAAUUUCUCGGGGUAUCCGUUAGCCGGCGGAGGAUUUUGUUUAGUCACAACACGAUCUAUAAUAAAUUUAAAUACUAACAAGCCGCUGAGAAAACGACAAAGGCCGAAAGGACCGCCGCCGCCACCACCACAACAGCCACAACAAGUUUUUACUAACGAAUGCUUGAAUGAUAUUGAAAUCGACCCGACUAAAGUUAAUUUUAGAAUUGACGCCAAUUUUCUCGCAAUUCCUGAAACUAGCAAUUUGAGAAACUCGGAAUCAAAUUUAAUAUUUCAUAGUCCAUUGCAAGAUUUACAUGUUCUUUACAUUAAAUGUAAUGUUGACUAUAGCCUUGGAGAUAAUUUAUGUCAACUUUUCUUAAUUAAAGGAGCUAACAAGUCGAAACCUUAUAACCUAAAAAUUUCAUUCACUUCUUCCGGAAUGAUCCAAUUGGACAAGGAAUUUGGUAUCACUGCACGAACUUCACAAAAUGAAGGAUUUAAUAGAAUUAAACUUGUCUAUACAUCAAAAUUAAUUGAUUAUUCUGUAUCAUAUCAAACAAGACAUGCUGAAGGUGUUAUUGAAAUGUUUUCGGAUUUUCAUGAUGGACAAAAAGAUGCAAUCUUAUCUUUUGUUCAAAAUCAUGAUACUCUUGUUCUGAAACAAACAGGUGGUGAUAUCAAAAUACCUUGUUGUAGUCUUUAUGCAUCAACAGCACAACCAGUUAAUUAUAAUUUUCAACAAAAAGUCUUUCGUGUGGAUCAACAAAGUCUAGUCUUUAGUGAAGGACCUGAAGUUUUAAAUCAUGUUAGAUAUUUUAGCAAAUAUUGUAAACAAAUACUUGUUAACUAUUUUUCUUGGCAAGGAGAUCCUAUGCCUGAAGAGGUUAUAGAUGCAAUUAUUAAAGUAAAACAACAACAAGUGAAUAGAAAUGAUGUUGUAGAUGUAUUUAGAUAG